CUUCAAGGCUCCAAGGUGGUACCUAGUACAUACGUAUAGGCAAGCGCAGGGCUGUCAAACUGGCCUUUGAGAAGGGACCUUGGAGGUAUGGAGACGAGCUGGUGGACACAACAUUGAACCUUGGAACCUUGAAAGAUUAGAUAUCCUCCAUUCAUACAACAACUGUCGACGAAUUUUUGUGAAACACAUCGUUGCUAAACUCGACAAUCUGCAUCCCACAGCUUCCAUUUUGCCCAAAACUGGCUAUUCUAUUUCAAUAGGCCCUUUCAGGGCCCGUGAAGCUUCAUCAUGAGUUCUCGUAAGUUGCAACACUAAAAAGGGGGUCUUCCUUCACCGGUUCCCUCCCCCCUUCCGUCUAUAGUCGAUAGCAAACAUUCCUAGAUGUCUUAGAACUAGCAGACUGAUGCUUUCUUCUGCAGUGAAGCAAUUUAUUCGCAAUGUGCGUGCGGCGAAGACCAUUGCAGACGAACGAGCCGUCAUCCAGAAAGAGAGUGCUGCUAUCAGGGCCAGUUUUCGCGAAGAAAGUGGAGAUCAUAAUGUGAGGCGCAACAACGUAGCCAAGCUCCUGUACCUGUUUACCCUGGGAGAGAGAACGCAUUUUGGUCAGAUAGAAUGUAUCAAACUACUUGCGUCUCCACGGUUCGCCGACAAGCGACUCGGUCACUUAGCUACAAGCUUGCUAUUAGAUGAGAACCAGGAGGUUCUCACGCUAGUUACAAACUCAUUAAAAAAUGAUCUGGGCCACUCGAACCAAUAUGUCGUGGGUCUUGCUCUCUGUACCCUCGGUAAUAUUGCCUCGAUCGAAAUGUCCCGAGAUCUAUUCCCCGAAAUCGAAACGUUGGUAUCGACCGCAAACCCUUACAUCCGGAGAAAGGCUGCCUUGUGCGCUAUGCGAAUAUGCCGAAAAGUUCCAGACCUCCAAGAACAUUUUGUCGAGAAGGCUGCUCAGCUAUUGUCGGAUAGAAAUCAUGGUGUGCUUCUGUGUGGCUUGACAUUAGUCACAAGCAUGUGCGAGGCGGAGGAGGAGGAGGGCAGCGACGAAGGGAUCAUCGACAAGUUUAAGCAGUUUGUGCCAGUAUUGGUGAGGACUUUGAAGGGACUUGCUACGUCUGGUUACGCCCCCGAGCAUGAUGUCACUGGUAUCACAGAUCCCUUUUUACAGGUGAAGAUUCUUCGGCUACUUCGAGUUCUCGUUCGUGGCGAUGCAGAAGGGACCGAACAGAUUAAUGACAUCCUUGCUCAAGUCGCCACCAACACCGACUCUUCCAAGAAUGUAGGAAACUCUAUCCUUUAUGAAGCCGUUCGAACUAUCCUGGAUAUUGAGGCCGACUCGGGGCUCAGAGUUCUCGGCGUGAACAUCCUCGGCAAGUUCCUUUCUAAUCGCGACAACAAUAUCCGAUAUGUUGCUCUCAACACGUUGAUCAAGGUUGUUGCUAUCGAGCCGAAUGCUGUCCAGCGCCACCGGAAUACCAUACUUGAAUGCCUACGGGACCCCGAUAUCAGUAUUAGAAGACGUGCUCUUGACCUUAGCUUCACCCUUAUCAAUGAAAGCAACGUGCGAGUGCUCAUUCGAGAACUGCUUGCAUUCCUUGAGGUUGCGGACAACGAGUUUAAGCCAAGUAUGACUAGUCAAAUUGGUAUCGCUGCUGACCGGUACUCUCCCAACAAACGAUGGCACAUCGAUACUAUGUUACGGGUGCUUACACUCGCUGGGAAUUAUGUCAAGGAACCUAUCAUGGCCUCUUUUGUCCGGCUCGUGGCUACGACGCCAGAGCUCCAGACGUACGCUGUGCAGAAGUUAUACACAAAUCUGAAGAAAGACAUCACCCAAGAAAGCCUAACUCAAGCAGGCGCGUGGUGUAUAGGCGAAUACGGGGAUUCCCUUCUCAGAGGCGGGCAGUAUGAAGAAGAGGAACUCGUCCAAGAAGUUAAGGAACACGAAAUCAUUGAUCUUUUUACCACCAUCUUGAACAGCAGCUAUGCCACACAAGUAGCUACCGAAUACAUUGUCACGGCUCUUGUCAAACUGAGUACGCGUCUAUCUGAUGCAUCGCAGGUGGAACGCGUUCAACGUCUUUUACAGAUUCAUCAGACCAGCUUGGAUGUUGAAGUCCAACAAAGAGCUGUAGAGUACGGCAACCUAUUUUCGUACGAUGACAUACGUCGUGGCGUGCUCGAGAAGAUGCCACCACCGCAAAUCAAGGAAGAGUCUAGAGUGCUUGGCGAGGCUACCAAGAAACCCAAGAAAGGCGCUAAUCGUAGGUCAAGGCUUAUUGCCAAGCCUACGACAGAUCAGGAUUUACUCGAUUUGAUGGGGGAUGCCACCACGACGCCGAUAGCCUCACCUACGAACGGACCCCAGAGCAACACUGAUCUGCUCGCCGAUAUUCUCGGUGGUAGUACAACUUUGCCGCAAGGAGCCGCAUCUCCUCCACUUCAAUCCAGCAACACGGCGUCAAUUAUGGAUCUCUUCUCUCAGGGCUCAACUCCAAGUCCUGCCCCUGCUAGCUCUGGCCUAGGUGACCUCUCGUCACUUAAUUCUCCUCCGCCUCAACAGCCUGUAGCAGUCCCAUCACUGAGUAGUAUUCCAUGCUAUGACGCUAAUGGUCUCAAUGUUACCCUCCAGCUGCAACGUAAUGCUGAAGGAGCUAUACAGGUUCUCGGUCGUUUCCGGAACUCUUCCGGUGCUCAGCUCUCUAGUGUGGGCUUACAAGCAGCCGUGCCAAAAUCUCAGAAGCUCCAGUUAAUGAGCAUCUCUAACUCUGACAUCGCUCCCGGAGGUGAAGCAACCCAGGUAAUGAGGAUCACGGGAAGUAAAGGACCUCUCCGCUUAAUGUUGAGAAUUGGUUACUCCCACCCAUCAGCAGGCCAGGUCAUGGAUCAGGUGAAAUGGACAGAGCCAUCGUAG